CUGCGCGGCGGCCCGUACGUCAGCGUCGCGCGCCGGCCGUGCGGCGCCCCGCGGAGAGAGCCGGCCGCCAUGACCUCCGCGCUGGAGAACUACAUCAACCGUACUGUUGCAGUAAUUACUUCUGAUGGAAGAAUGAUUGUGGGAACACUCAAAGGUUUUGACCAGACCAUAAACUUGAUUUUGGAUGAAAGCCAUGAACGAGUAUUCAGUUCUUCACAAGGAGUUGAGCAAGUGGUGCUGGGCUUGUACAUUGUGAGAGGUGAUAACGUUGCUGUGAUUGGUGAAAUUGAUGAAGAGACAGAUUCUGCUCUUGACUUGGGGAAUAUUCGAGCAGAACCUUUAAACUCAGUUGUGCACUGAAAAGAUAAAAAUGCACUGGGACUUUGUAAAUCUUUGGUUGUACAGACCUAUUUAGCAAUGUGGACAGUUUUUACAAAUUGUGUUUAAUUUGUUUAGUCACCAGUUUUUUUAUUAUGAACAUGUUGUAGUUUUGCAUGUAAAUUAAAGUUUCUACAUUUUGCUAAAGAUACUUUCAUUGAAUUUCUUUUGAAUUUCAGGCUGCAUAAUUUCACUGGGAAAUGCAAUCAGUAUCAGUGAUGGUCCUGGUACUGUGUAUAUAUACCUUGUUCUUGAAAUAAGAUCUCAUUCCUAAAGGUAAACCAAGGUUUUUUUCAAGUUAACCCAGGAUUAUUUGAAGGUAGAUGUGUGCCAGUCAGUUUAACCAUCUCUAAAUGUAGUUGUGGCUGUCUGUAGAAAACUGUUCUUUGUAAUUUUUUUUGUCUCUGUGUGUAGUGCAGAAAGGAAGAAUGUUAAAAGCUUUCACAGUCUAAUUAAUGGCAUAUGCACAUAGUACUUUUUUUUUUUUUGUAGUGUCAGACCUUGACUCCACUGGAGGUGCAGGAGUUUGUAAUGCCUUAAUCCUUGGAGACAAAUGGGAGAAACAGACUUUUGAGCAGGAACAAAAAACCCAAAUGCAUGAUUUAUUUGAAGCCCAUUAAAUUCCAGACCAACUAAUUCUCUAUCUUUACCUUUCAGCAGCUGUUGUGUUGCUCAAAAUUUGGGUGAGACCUACAGAGGAGAAUUGUGUGUUUGCUAAGGUGUAACCAUUGUCUCUAGAAUGUAGUUUAGAAGACACAGAAGUACUUUUGGUAGGAAAAUUACUUAUUUUGAAAGAAAUUUGGCUUAAUAUUGGAUCUAAGGAUCCCAAACAAUGGUCACAUACAGACCUCUUAUACCAAGCUGAGUGGGACAAGCAGUGUGCAGCAUAGAGUGUUUGAUGCCAUAUCAGCAUGAAGUCUGUACUCUUGAACAAAGCUCUUGUUAUUCCCCAGUGUCCCACAGGUCCAGUAUUUUUCCCCUGUAUAUAAAUGUGCUGUCAAAACAAACAAAAAGGAAUUUUAAUGUGCAUGUUAGGGGUUUUUAUACUAAUUUUACUAUUAAAUGGGAUAUUUUUCAUUGCAAGUUCACUGUUUGGAAACCAAAUACAUUGAAGAUACUUGUUUUCCAUAAAAUGUCUCUCAAGUCUUGUAGCUUCCACCUUGUUUUCUAAGAUUGUUCUUGGUGGAGCAUGUGAAGCCCAGCAAACCUUUUUUUGCCUUUAUCCAUCUUGUGAUCUAGUACUGUGUUGUGUUCUGUCCACAUUUCUUCUUGCAACUGCUGAGCAAACAUUGAAAAAGUCAAAUAAUGUUUUUUCCUGUGAUUACCAGAAGUCAGUACUAAUUCUUGCCAUAAUUGAUUAUGUCGAGAGAAUCAGUUUCAUUAAACAGUCAAGAA